AUGACCUACUCUUUGGCCAUAUAUCUGGUGCUACUAUUCCGACGAUAUUCGGAGUUCGAGGUCUUGGGAGCAGAAUGUGAGCCCAAGUGUCCAAUGAAUGACUUCAAUAUAUUCUCCAAAAUAUUCAUCUUUUGGAUGAAAACAAUCCUAAAACACGGCUACAAAUCAAAUGAAGAUUUAACACAACAUUUGCUUCCGAUCUGCGAUUAUAUGAAAUCCCAAAACGCUUUCAAUGCGUUUGAAUCGGCGAACAGGAAAUACAACUCAAAUAAACUCAAAUCCAAAACAGAGAUCACUUUAUUCCCAUUACUCGUGUGGACGGCGUGGACUCCCUAUCUGUUUGGGUCGCUUAUGGAGCUGAUCCACGUGUGCGUCGACUUAAGUCAGCCCUAUAUUCUCGCCAAACUCAUAGACUUCGUGUCGGACACCGACCAUCUGUGGCACGGGUUAUGUUACGCCGUGGCCUACAGUCUCAUUAAUCUGAUGUCCCAACUGACGUCGUCAGCGCUCAUAUCAGCUCUCUAUCAGAAAAUGCUAAGACUUAGUGUCGGUUCCCGUCGCGUGUAUACAACCGGUGAUAUAAACAACAUAAUGGGUGUGGAUGUGGUGGAAAUAUGCGAUUUUAUCCGUUUCAUGACAAACAUGCUGUCAAUACCCUUGGCUAUCGGUAUCGGAGAGUACAUACUGUGGCAGCAAUUGGGUCCGUCAUCGUUGACACUGUUGGCGGUGAUGCUAAUCGUGUGUCCGUUCACUACACUUGUGAUGACACGUAUCGACACAUUGCAGACCAAACAGAUGCAGUUGAAAGACAAACGGAUGCAACAAAUCAGUGAAGUAUUAAGUAAUAUAAAACUCCUGAAACUGUUUGGUUGGGAGAAACCGUUCAUCGAUCGGAUCUCAGAGACCAGACGCCAAGAGUUGCAUACUUUGAAAGUGAAUAACUAUUUUUGGUCGGGUAUUGAUGUGCUCUGGAUUGUCGUGCCCUUCAUUGUCGCCGGAAUCACAUUCACUAUAUUUAUCUAUACAUCCGGUCAGCCAUUCACCGCAAAAACGGCUUUUGUUUCGCUAUCUGUUUAUAUCUCGUUGAAGGCACCGAUGGGAAGACUUCCAGCGGUGUUGACCCAGUUGACCCUGGCUAUUGUCUCGUUUCGAAGAAUUCGUAAAUAUUUAAGUUCUGAAGAAUUGAACGAAAGUGUGGAAAGGGAUGAGAGAAGAGACGAUUCAAGUGAUGAGAGAUAUGCCGUGUCUUUGAAAAAGUGUUGCUUUUCGUGGGGUUUAGAAGACGAGCCGAUUCUAAAGGAUAUUACGCUGAAUGUGAAGAAGGGAUCGUUGGUUGCGAUUGUGGGAAGAGUGGGAUCGGGAAAGUCGUCCCUAUUUUCAGCCCUAAUGGGCGAUAUGUACCAAACGGGAGGCUCGAGGAGUGCAAUGAGG